GGCGGCGUAUGCAUUGGUGUUCGUGGCCCGUGAACGAUCGUAUGCCACCGCCGUCGCGGUCGUGCUUUGUGUGAGGGUAUCGUGUGUUCAAUUAUAUAAAUAAAAAAGAAACACUCGCCGUCUUGGUAAUUAAACAAACUAAAACUUUUUUAUCGAUUUGGCCGAUCGUCCCUAAGCUAUUGAUGCUAUUAAUUACUUUAGUCGUGUAAUAAUGGUGCCGUUAAUUACGCGCUGUUUACUAUUAUUCGAACUCCGUUGGCCACCGUCACUGCUUUUGUCGUAGCCGGACGCUUUAUUUUUAGACCCGUCAUCCGCCACCGCCGCGUAUAUCAUUCCCGUUCACGUCGUCGACACCGCCAACAAAACAAGGAACAUCAUAGGGCGGCAAAACACUUUAAUAAAUCUUUUUUUUCUUUGCUACCUCGUUUCACUUUACCACAUUACGUAUUCGCAUAUAGACACACCGUAAAGGUCAGCGGCGCGCGGAGUGAUCGAACUUACCAAGCUGGCCCAUCAGUUUUGGCUCGGUUGGGGUUCGGGCUCGGGCUCGUGCCGCGCGCAAACGGACGAGGAAAAGAAGGAGAAGAAGGAGAUGGCCGAGGCGGCGGCCCGGCACGAGCUGUAUACACAACAGCAGUGGGCCCACCAGAGGGCCGAGCGGGCCGAACGCAACGCCGAGAGACUUGAAAGGGAAAUACAGGCUCAAGCCGCGUCGGCGGCCGCGUCCGAGUCGAUGGCCGAUCAACUCCACUAUGCCGACAGCCUGUCCGGAUCAGUACAAUCUAUAUGCAAGGCGCCCAUAGCCAGCUUGGACUGUAUGGCCGACUUGGGCAGUACCACGGAACAGCUGUGCGCCAAACUACAAGCGGCGGCCAGCAAAGAUUCAGCGGACCGCGCCUGUUCCACACAGUCUCCGAGCCAGACGUCCGGUUUGCGAUACCGAAACUUGGGUAAGAGCGGUCUGCGGGUGUCUAACAUUGGACUGACCACGUGGUCUACGUUCAACACGACGUCCAGCGAAGAACAGCUGGACGCGGUCGUGACAGCCGCGUACAAUGCCGGCAUCAACCUGUUCGAUCUGACUGAAGGACCACAAAACAGCGAACAGGCCGAGAUCCAGUUAGGCAACAUACUCAGGAAGAAAAACUGGAAACGAGUGUCGUACAGCUUGAUCACGAAAAUACACUGGCAAUACAAGUCUGAAGAACGAGGGUUGUCCCGCAAGCACAUUAUAGAAUCGGUCAGGUCGUCCGUGGCCCGUCUACAACUGGACUACGUGGACAUAGUAUUAAUCCAGAAGGCCGAUCCUAUGUGUCCUUUGGAAGAAGUGGUAAGAGCUAUCGACUUCUUGGUGUCCGAAGGGUUGAUCAUGUAUUGGGGCACGGCAAGGUGGUCGCCUAUAGACGUCACCGAAAUGUACACGGCCUGCCGACAGCUCAACUGCCCAACGCCUAUCCUGGAACAAUCCGAAUACCACAUGUUAUGCAGAGAAAAAGUGGAGAUCUACAUGCCCGAACUUUAUAACAAAAUCGGGGUUGGUUUGAUGGCUUGGUCGCCAAUGGCCAUGGGUCUCAUGCCAUCCUUGAAAGAUUCGCUCAGACACCGCACUAAUGCUAAUAGGGCCAAAUCGUUGAGCAUUAGCUGGAGCCAAGACGACCGCAAACCUCCAGCUAACAAAGAAGAACAAACUACGUCUUCUAGAAGCACAAAAGAAAUAAUGUGUUCAAUUUCGUUGAUAGCCGAACGCCUGGGCUGUAGUCUGGUCCAAUUAAGCAUAGCGUGGACAUUGAAAAACGAGAGCGUACAAUGUCUGUUAUUGGGUGCGGCAACAACACAUCAGUUCUACCAUGCUUUACAUGGACUUCAGUUGUUGCCAAAACUCAAUUCAACUGUAAUGGCUGAACUAGAACGUAUACUUGACAACAAACCCGUACGACCACCGAUGGUGUCUACACUGGCAAUGAGAUGACAAACAGUGUGCCCCCCGGGUGUAUUGGGGGGCACUGGCAUGAAUGUCGAAGGCGUUAAAGAAGGCAACGAUGAGUUUGACACUAAAGAACGAAAAAUACCGUUUUGCGUAAUUCAAUAAACCUCGUUGUUCUAUUAUUAUAUUAUGAUACAACAUCAUGAUGUUAGUAUUAUAGAUUUUUUUAAAUUGAAAUUAUACGUCCAAUUUUAAUUUA